AGGGAAAAAAAAGAAGAAAAAAAGUUAAAAUAUUUGAGAACUGAAGCUACCUAUAAAGCUUAAAACCCCAAACACAAUUUAUCUCUCUGAUCUGAACCUCAACACUGAAAGCAGAAGGAAAAAAGGGGCUUAGGGUUUUGGGAAGCGAUAAUGGAUUUGACAGCGGAGAAGAAGGAGUCUGAGAACAACAACAACAAUAACCCCGAAAGUACUCAUCAAACGUUGGAUUCUUCUUCUCAAUUGGCAGCUGAUGCUAACAGCAACAGCAAAGAAGCCGAAGAACGACAAGCCCGUGACCUUAAAGCUGGUCUUCACCCCCUGAAGCACAAAUUUGUAUUUUGGUACACACGUCGAACGCCCGGAGUUCGAAAUCAAACAUCGUACGAAGACAACAUAAAGAAAAUUGUUGAUUUCAGUACGGUUGAAGGAUUUUGGGUCUGCUAUUGCCAUCUUGCUCGUCCUUCUUCUUUGCCUAGUCCAACAGAUUUGCACCUUUUCAAGGAAGGAAUUCGUCCCUUAUGGGAGGACUCUGCUAACUGCAAUGGUGGUAAAUGGAUUAUACGAUUCAAAAAGGUUGUCUCAGGUCGUUUUUGGGAAGACCUGGUUCUUGCCUUAGUGGGUGACCAAUUGGAUUAUGGGGAUAACAUAUGUGGUGCUGUACUGAGCAUUCGUUUCAAUGAGGAUAUAUUGAGUGUGUGGAAUCGCAAUGCUUCUGAUCAUCAGGCUGUAAUGGCUCUGAGAGAUUCAAUUAAACGUCACUUAAAGCUUCCUCACAGCUAUGUUAUGGAGUACAAGCCCCAUGAUGCCUCUCUGCGAGACAAUUCAUCUUAUAGGAACACUUGGUUGAGAGGCUAAAGAAGAUACAACCGUGUUCUUGCCGAAGUCCCUGCUGUCGAAGCUAUAUUGUAUACUGACACAGCUUUCACUCGGCCAAACUAAUCAUUGGCUACAUUCUAAUGAUGGUGCUGAGUUUUCCAGGACUGGUUUCUGUCUUUUGAAUUCAAUGUGCUACAACUACAUUUUGACUGCUUUAUGUAGUUCCAUUUGGUUACUUGGGUUUCUCUCUAAUUUCAUGUAAUGUGUUACUUCAUUGUUGUAAAUAAAGUUUCUCGUGUUGUUGCCUUAUAACCUCGCUGAAGGAGAGAAGCAUUUCCUUUUAUUUUCAUCCAAAUCAUGGAUGAUAGGUACUUCAGUAGUGCAUUUUGACACAAAGACACAAUCCUUUAAACUGAAGAAAUUUUAUUUAUUAGGGUCUACUUGUGUCUCCACUUGAACACUGUUGUGAUAAGGUCUCAAUCUGGGGGGUUUUAAGCAUAAUGGUUAAUACAAAUGUUAUAAAAUGAGAUUAGUUAGCGAUCCAUCGC